AUGUCACUCUUUUCGGACACAAACAUACUUACACUAUUACAUAAUCUCCUAUCAUCUAAUAGAAAUAUAUCGUUUGUGCCCUCCGUUUCUGGCCUCUUUGUGGAGUGUGCUCACUCUCGAGUGGCGCUCACGCCCAUUCUGGUCACGAUGAGCUUCCUCGCCGACUGGAUGCCUUUGGCCCCACUCACAGACGAGGAAAUGUAUGGCACAGGAGUCAGUAUCAAAGAAGAGCUCAGCGAAGAUAUUUCCGAGGAUACUUGUAUUGAAAUUAAAGAAGAACCUUUUGAUUAUGCAGAUAAAGAGAUUGAUGAGGAGUACGACGAGAAAGUGAAACAUAAAUGUCUCUACUUUCAUAAUCUCGAUGAGAACACGUGUAAGUUGGUUCAGGAUCGUAAUGGCAUGUUGUUAAGAACGCCAUUUGUGGUUGAGAAUUGUCUGAAGAAGAAUUCAUCAGAUGGGGAUCAAGCGAUGCAUAAGGAAAGUCUUAACCAGGAUACACAACCAAAAGCGGAAGCCAAAUUGAAAAGUUUUGUAUGUGAAAUUUAUAGCAAGGCCUUCUCUGAGAAAAGAAGUCUAGUAAAGCACAUGAGAGUACAUACAAAGGAGAAGCCAUAUGGAUGUGAGUUCUGCAACAAGGCCUUCUCACAAAGAAGUCAUCUAGUUAAACAUGUGAGAGUACAUACAAAGGAGAAGCCAUUCAACUGUGAGGUUUGCAGCAAGGCCUUCUCUGAAAAAGAUAGUCUAGUGAAUCACACGAGAGUACAUACAAAGGAGAAGCCGUUCAGCUGUGAGACUUGCAGCAAAGCCUUCUCUGUGAAAAGUAAUUUAGUAAAUCACAUGAGAGUACAUACAAAGGGGAAGCCGUUCAGAUGUGAGACUUGCAGCAAGACCUUCUCUCAUAAAAUUACUCUAGUAAAUCACAUGAGAGUGCAUACAAAGGAGAAACCAUUCAGCUGUGAGUUUUGCAGCAAGACUUUCUCUCAAAAAAUUACUCUAGUAAAUCACAUGAGCGUACACACAAAAGAGAAGCCAUUCAUCUGUGAAAUUUGCAGCAAGACCUUCUCUCGGAAAGGCAGUCUAGCAAGGCAUAUGAGAGUACAUACAAAGGAGAAGCUACACAGCUGUAAUAUUUGCAGGAAGAGCUUCUCUGAGAAAGGUACUCUAGCAAAUCAUAUGAGAGUACAUUCACGGGAGAAGCCAUUCAGCUAG